AGCUUGAUUCGUUUGACCCGAAGACAACCAACUCACAAUCAUCUUCCUAAUUUCUCAAUCAAAAUACAAAAGUCCUUCUCUUAUGCGUUUUGUUCUUCUUUGAGACUUGUGUGAAAGCCAUGUGAAUGUGUUUUGUUUCGGAUAAAGCGUAAAGUGCCUCUUCAGCAAUUUAAUGGCGUAAUGUCUUCUCUUAGCUAGGCUUUGAAAUUGUAUGUCUUCGGAGGUCUGGAUUACGCACUGUAAGUGUUCGAUGGAAUGCCUGAACGAGAUGUAAAGUUUCAGUGGUGAUGUUUAGACACGUACAGUGUUUCAGCUAUAAACACAUCAAGUCCUUUGUCGAUAGGACAAACUCUGAGUUCCCCUGCUGGAUUCUUUGAGUUAGGUUUCUUCUGUCCUAAUAAUACUCGGAAUCAGUAUCUUGGGAUCUGGUUUAAGAAAAUUGUUCCUCGGGUGGUUGUGUGGGUGGCUAACAGAGAUACUCCAGUUACAAACUCUGCGGCAAAUCUCACCAUCAGCAUCAAUGGGAGCCUGAUAUUGCUUGAUGAGAAACAAAAAGUUAUUUGGUCAACAGGAGAGGCUUUCACAUCCAACAAGUGUCAUGCAGAGCUUUUAAACACCGGAAAUCUUGUUGUUGUUGAUGAUGUUUCAGGGAAAACGUUAUGGCAAAGCUUCGAGAAUCUUGGUAAUACUUUGCUGCCUCAGUCAUCGUUGAUGUAUGAUACUCCCAGUGGGAAGAAGCGUGUGUUGACGACAUGGAAAAGUGACAGCGAUCCAGCGCCUGGGGAGUUCUCACUGGAGAUUACACCACAAGUCCCCUUACAAGGCCUUAUAAGGAAAGGCUCGAUGCCGUACUGGAGAACUGGUCCAUGGGCAAAAACAAGAUUCACUGGGUUUCCACAAUUUGAUGAAUCAUAUGUAAGUCCAUUCAGCGUUAUUCAGGAUGUAGCAACCGGCUCAGGAUCUUUCUCUUAUUCCGUGUUAAGAAACUUUAAUCUAUCAUAUAUUAACCUAACACCUGAGGGGAAAAUGAAGAUUUAUUGGGAUGACGGCACUAAAUGGAUGCAUCACCUUACGCUUCCAGAAAGCUCAUGUGACGUAUACGGUUCUUGCGGGCCUUUUGGUUUGUGCGUGAGAGCCAGUAUCUCGAAGUGCAAAUGCUUGAAAGGGUUUGUACCAAAGUCAGAUGAAGAGUGGAGAAAAGGGAAUUGGACAAGAGGGUGUGUGAGGCGUACACAACUACCUUGCCAGGCGAAUUCUUCUUUAAAAACACAAGGAAGAGACACAGACAUCUUCUAUCGUAUGGCCAAUGUAAAGACUCCGGAUCUUCACCAUUUUGCAAGCUUUCUCGAUGCAGAUCAAUGCUACCAGGGUUGUCUAGGCAACUGUUCUUGCACAGCCUUUGCCUAUAUAAGUGGAAUUGGAUGCUUAGUAUGGAAUGGGGAGCUCGUAGAUACGGUUCAGUUUAUGUCUAAUGGAGAGACUCUCUCCAUCCGUCUUGCAAGUUCGGAUAUUGCUGGAAGCAGUCGAGCCAAGAUUAUCGUUGGUACUACAGCCAGCUUUUCAGUACUUGCAAUAUUGGUCUUUGCCGCAUUUAUGUUCUGGAGAUACAGUGCAAAACAAAAUGAAUCUGCUGUCAUCGAUACUUUACAAGAUGCAUGGAAGAAUGAUUUCGAACCACAGGAUAUAUCAGGCAUAAAGUUUUAUGAGAUGCAUACCAUACGAACUGCCACCAUUAACUUCAGUUCCGCAAAUAAACUUGGUCAAGGUGGAUUUGGUCCAGUUUACAAGGGAAUUCUGCUCGAUGGGAAGGAAAUAGCCGUUAAACGCCUUUCUAGCAGCUCUGGUCAGGGUACAGAAGAGUUUAUGAAUGAAAUAACAUUAAUUUCAAAACUACAACAUAGAAACUUGGUUCGGCUUUUGGGAUACUGCGUAGAACGGGAAGAGAAGCUAUUGAUUUAUGAGUUUAUGGUGAACAAAAGCCUCGAUAUCUUUCUCUUUGAUUCAACUCUAAAGCUGGAGAUUGAUUGGCCAAAGAGAUUUGAUAUCAUUCAAGGUAUUGCGCGUGGACUUCUCUAUCUCCACCGCGACUCACGCCUUAGGGUCAUUCACCGAGAUCUGAAGGUUAGCAAUAUUCUUCUGGAUGAAAAGAUGAACCCGAGAAUAUCAGAUUUUGGAUUGGCUCGGAUGUUUCAGGGAACCCAAUAUCAAGACAACACUCGCAGGGUUGCAGGAACGCUAGGAUAUAUGUCUCCUGAGUAUGCAUGGGCAGGGUUAUUCUCUGAGAAGUCCGACAUAUAUAGCUUCGGAGUUCUGAUGUUGGAAAUCAUCAGCGGAGAGAAGAUUUCAAGGUUCACCUUUGGUGAUGAGAGCAAAGGCCUUCUUGCAAAUGCUUGGGAAUCUUGGUGCGAGUCUAGGGGAUCGGAUCUUCUGGAUAGAGAUCUUUGUGAUUCAUGCAACGCAUUUGAAGUUGCGAGAUGUGUUCAGAUUGGUCUUCUCUGUGUUCAACACGAUGCUGCAGACAGACCCAACACUCUUGAAGUACUGUCUAUGAUUACUUCAACAACAGAUCUUCCAAUUCCAAAGCAGCCAUUAUUUGCAAUGCAGCCUCUAAACGUGCAAAAUCUAAACGAUGUGUUAAUGUCUAAAGAUCAGGUCUCUGUCAAUGAGUUAACACAAUCUGUGAUCCAAGGACGAUAAGCUCUUAAUAUAUACUUCAGUCUGUAUAUCCAUGAUCCUAAGAUUUUGAGACCCCACUUUUUAUUCUUGUUAAAAUACAAUGUUUCGUUGAGUUGGUGAAAAAUACGCAAAAACAGUGUGAAUAUUGUUAUUAACUGUGAAACUUAUUAUCAUAAUGAUAAAGUAGUCAUUUUUAUUGG